AUUCGCUGGAUAUAAGAGAAAAGAGAUUCAAGAUGAGCACUCCUCCAGCUAGGCUACAAGAGAUGCCACCAAGAGGUGGCUAUCAAAGAAUACUUUAUGAAAGAGUUCCAGCGAAAAAAUAUUUCAAAGGAUGGCAGCUGAUCGCCGCUUACGCUGGUUUUACCACAUUCGGCCUAUCAUUGUACUACUUGAACUGCAAAGAAAACCAACGCGACGAGGUGGAGAAUCGCUCCGCACGGAAUGUUAUGUAUGCGGUGCUACUGGCCGAGCGUGAUCGGGAGUAUCUGAAGCAGAUCAGACGAAACCGCGAUGAGGAGGCAGAACUCAUGAAGAAUGUUAAAGGCUGGGAAGUAGGAACCUGGUAUGGCGAGCCAGUGUUCAAGACCUUACCGAAGGAUAAGUUUAUUGAUCCAACCUUCCAAGAGUUUUAUGUUCAUACUACAAACAAGGAUAUGGCAAAACGUAAGAACAUCAAACUUUGGAGCUAAAUGGAGACUAUUUGGUGACAUUUCAAAAUAUGCCUCGUGAAAUUAGUGGAUUGUAAAAUAAAUAAACGUAGGUCUUA